GGACGCUGGGAAUUACGUUUUGCAUGAGCUGAUCAGAAAUAAACAGAUAAAAGUCUUGUGGUAAACCAGACAGCAUCUCAAAAUGCACGUCAUUAUCAGAUGCUAUCUGCGCAUGUGUUUGUUUAAGAAUUUUAAUUUAGUUUUCUUGUGAACUGUUAAACAUACGAAAUACAUUAUUUUCCGAAAAGGUUAUUUUUUUCGUACCACUUGCCGAAGGAUUAGUGUUAAGCUAAUAUUUUUCUUAUAACCGGAUAAUAUAAUUAUAAUUUUCAUGUCAUAAGGAUAUAUAGAAGCGUUACUAAAAAUUACUGAAAAUUCAACGAAGCAAUGGGAUGCACAGGGAGUACUGCUAGGGGUGGCGCUCGACGAACCAUCGACAGGAACACUUAUUACAGCAGACAUCCUGGUUUACACAAUAACCCGACUGGUGGAAUUGAAUCUGAGAUCACACAUAGAACAAGAGCAUUACCUGCCGACGACAAAGAUUUAAUCCAGGUGUCUAAAGUUGAUCUGAACGUUCGUAAUAAUGCAAAAGCUCAUCAUACGGAUGAAUUUGACAUCACUGACGCUUUAGUGUUUGACAAAAGGGAAGAACUAGUCAUUCGCAGGGGACAAGAGUUCAUCAUAAAUGUCGAGUUCAACAGACCUUAUGAUUCGGAAAAAGACGACUUAAGAAUCGUGUUUCAGUUCGGCAAAUCCCCAAAACCGUCGAGAGGUACCCAUGCAGAAUUUAUACUAUCCGACCGAGAUGUUCCAAAAGAAUGGGGCGCUUAUAUCAAAACCAAAGAGGGAAAUUCUCUUAGCCUCGUUGUGAAUUCUUCGCCCACAUGCGCAGUUGGUAAAUGGUCUUUGAAAAUAGAUGUUGUGAAACGGUCAGAGAACAGCGUGGAAGUUUUCCGAUGGAAGCAUCCUUCGGAUAUUUACAUCCUUUUUAACCCAUGGUGUAAAGAUGAUUUUGUAUACCUGUAUGACGAAAACCUACUCGACGAAUACAUACUCAACGACACUGGAGAAAUAUAUGCUGGUAACUGCAGAAAGAUCUCGCCAAAACCCUGGGUUUAUGGCCAGUUCGAAGGCGAUAUCCUGGAUUGUGUCAUUCAAUUACUUGACAAAUCAAAACUUCCUGAUCAUUCUAGAGGGGAUCCGACUGUUGUUGUGAGAACAAUUUCUAAAAUGGUAAAUGCUGCGGAUGACGACGGAAUUCUUGUGGGCAACUGGAGUGGCGAGUAUGAAGAUGGUACUUCCCCGCUAGAGUGGACCGGAAGUGUAGCCAUUUUAGAUAAAUAUUACAAAACAAAACAGCCUGUACAAUACGGUCAAUGUUGGGUAUUUUCUGGAGUUGUAACAACUGUAUGUAGGGCUCUGGGUAUACCCGCAAGAACUGUGACAAAUUAUAAAUCUGCGCAUGAUACUGAUGGUAGCAUCACUAUAGAUUAUCAUUUUGAUCCUAAACUAAAACCUAUGGAGGAGUAUAACGACGAUUCAGUGUGGAACUUCCAUGUUUGGAAUGACGUGUGGCUUGCCCGGCCAGAUCUACCACAGGGAUACGGAGGUUGGCAAGCAAUCGAUGCUACACCACAAGAAACGAGCGAGGGUGUAUUUUGCAUGGGUCCGAUGUCCCUGGUGGCUCUUAAACGUGGAGAAGUGUUUUAUCCAUACGAUGGACGUUUUGCCUUUGCCGAGGUCAAUGCUGAUCAGGUUUACUGGAAAAUGGACGCUGGUGGUGCAAUGAACAACGUUUAUGUAAAGAAAUAUGGUGUUGGCCGAUAUGUCAGUACAAAACGAGCCAAUAAACAAGACCGGGAAGAUAUUACGGAACAGUAUAAGUUCAAAGAAGGCACAGAUGAGGAAAGAACUGCCGUCCGGCGUGCCAAUCUCAUUUCAACAAAAAAAGUUAUAUACGAAGCAGAGACAGAGGACGUGGAGUUUGACUUGAGUGCCAACCCGGAUACAUUCAUAGGAGACACACUGAAGUUUUGCCUGAUUGCGAAAAAUACGAGUGAGAGCACGAGAACUGUGAACGGUACUCUUUUGUUGUCUAGCACGUACUACACGGGAGUCUUACACAAGAACGUCAAAGAACAAGAUAUUGAUAAGACAGUCCUCCAGCCUAAAGAGGAGAAGUGUAUAGAUGUGGAUGUUGAAGUCAACGAUUAUCUUGAAAAACUGACAGACCACUGUAUCUGCAAGAUAUCUUGUAUGUGCUUGGUGGAUGAAACAAAACAGAUUUUCGCUGAAACGGAAGAACUAAGACUCCGUAAACCACAUCUUUCAAUCAAGGCAGCGGAUACCGGAACUGUUGGAAAGAAAUUCGAAGUUGAAGUUUCGUUUGCCAAUCCAUUGCCUGUUACGUUAACUAAAUGUGAACUACGUGUCGAAGGACCUGGAGUUCAAAGGCCCGUGACAUACAAACAACCAAAUGUUGAUGCCAAGGCAACUUUUACUGGUAAAUUUGAAAUGAGUCCCGAAAAGCCAGGAACAAGGAAGAUAAUCGUGUAUUUCAACUGUGCACAGAUUUCGUCAGUGAAUAUCUCCCAUCAGAUUAGUAUCAACGAGUCAAACUAGGAAAAAUAGAAACAGAAGAAAUAUAAUUUCAUCAAAGAAGCUUACAAAUUUCUACAUAACUGUUUUACUUACAUCAUAGAGGCUUGCAAUUUGCUUUUACCUCUCCAUCAAAAUUUAUUAUGAUUUCAUUUACUUUGGUUGAAGGAAAUGACUUUAUCUACUAUGUACAGACGAAGAUGCCUGCUAUUUUGCAGCCGUCGAUCAUCAUACAAAUUAUUUAUGUCAAUUUAGAUUUGUUAAUUAUUCUCAUUACAAACAUGACAAGUUGAAGAAAAACAUUCUAUACCGAUGAUUUCACACAUCAAAAUGUGUACUUGGUGAGACCAUUUUUAUCUUGGCAAUCAUUCAACUAUGAAAAGGAAAUCUACAGCUGUGUCAGAAUAAUGGUACUGAAAUAACUUUAUAUGUAUCAGAGGAUAACCUUUCAUGCAAUGUGUUUGGGUCUUUUGCGUAUUAAGUUCUGACAGAACAUGGUUCCAUGCUGAGUUAAUAAGUAGCUGGUGAAUGUCCUCAGCAGCUUUUCUCAUAUAUGUUUAUUUUUAGGCACUGAGUAAGAGUUUCAAGCAAUAUGUAAAUUUAAGCUAUUUUUUGCCAAGAUAUUGCAGUUCAAAGCUUAUCUGUAUGAAAAUAUGAUUUAGUACUUACACCUGCAUGAAAAUACCAAACUGUUUAACUUUCUAAACGUUCUCACAAUAUUGACGUAGAUUCCUUAAUGCACACUAAGUGAGUAUAAGUGCAUUGUUAAAAGACGAAAAUAUCUCAGAUAUGCUUAAAUAUAUCAGUGGCUUAACCUGUUUUUGGUUAUAGAAAACACAUGAGCUGUAUUGAUGGAAAACGUGACCAUAUGAUGACUUGGAUUUGAAAAAAAAAGAUAAGAUUGUCGUUUGUUUCAACACAUCUGGUCGUGGGAUCAAUGUUUUGCGUCUUGUUGGCAGUUGUUACGAAUACGAUGUACAGUGAAACAUUCUAGCAGAAUUUUAAACGAAAUUCGAUGAAUAUUCUUCAACUAAGAGGCACAACAAGGAAAGAAAUCAUACAGUCCCUUUAAGACUUUGACUUAGGAUAUUAUAAUCUCCGUAUAUGAUUACAAGCCCCAAAUAUGUUAUCAGCUAUUUAUCGUUAACGAUUUGCUUGAAAUGUACUCGUAUAGUUUGGUUAUAGAAUCCCAGGAAGUGUGCCUGUUAUCGCUUGCGAAACGCAGAACUACAAUUGCCUUAACUUUAACUGUACAAAGUCUUUCCCAAGUUAGUAGCUUAUGGAAUGUAUCCUGAAAAAGCAAUGCUAAGAUCAACUAGAUACAGGCGUGACAUUUCACGUGGAAUAUAAACAUUUAUCUAAAAUAGUUCUUCCCUCUGACAGUGGCAAUGAGGAAUAAUAUGCAAACUACAUCAGUUUCACAAGUUGCUGGACGAUUUCAAGAGGACAGUACAGUUCCUUCAGAAAAUGUUGUGUUGUGUAAAUAAGUAAUUUUUUAUGCUGCAUGUUGUUUUCUGAAUACCCAACAACCAACAAGUGUUAACAUAGGUUUUACAGCUGUCAAACCCCACCUGAGCACGAAGUGUGUUGCCGGAUAAAGCUGCUUAGAAGUUUAAAAUAUAUAUUAAUUAGUUAGAAUUUGUACAUUUAAAUAUAAUAUAUAAGUUAUGAAAAAGUUUUAUUUUUUAAUUUUAUGUAUGGAAAUUAAUCAAAAUAAUAGAUUUUGCUUCA